UGAAUAUUAGUAACACGCUAGUGUUAAGUUGAUAAAGGUAGAGAGAAGACGUUACUCUUUUAAUUCCAUAAGUGUUUUAUAAAUUACCAAACUAGAAAUGUGGAGUGAACUAAUAUAUUUUUCGUUUGUAUGUGUCAUUAUUAAUGGAGAAACAUUAGACUUAGUUGAAGGUGACCGUUGCAAUGCCGGUAACGGUAUAAUGGCAUCUUGCACUCACAUAUCCAACUGUAGGGAGGCUGUGAAAGCAUCUAAGAUUGGAAAUCCAUUCAAGAUCUGUUCGUACGUUGGUAAAGACCCUAUAGUCUGCUGCCUCAAACCUGAAUUACCGGUCGAUCAAGGAAACAGGAAAGACAAUUGCGACUUUAGCAAGUACAAUGGAAUCCAAAUUGGAAAGAAGGCAAUGACCAAAUGCCUGGCAUAUCAGCAUCAGUUGUGCCCCUGUGAGACACAUCGAGUCACCAGAGACAUUGAGUCGGUCAAUGUACCUGAGGUAUCAGAUGGAGUUGAUUCGAAGUUGAAUGAAUUCCCUAAUAUGGCCCUGCUAGGAUAUGGCCCUGAUUUCACGACAGCCGAAUGGUUAUGUGGAGGUAGUAUCAUCAGUAACAGGUUCAUUCUCACCGCCGGACACUGCAUCAGAUCGAGAAACUCAGGCAGCGUAUCAUUUGUUGCUCUAGGAUUAUUGGCGCGCUCGGACCUCAAGCAGGAUCUCAUAUAUAACGUGAAGAGAAUCAUAAUUCAUCCUGAUUACAAGCCACCCGUCAAGUACAACGAUAUAGCUCUCUUGGAAACUGACCGCAAAAUCACAUUCAGUCAGAGGGUCCAGCCAGCGUGUCUACACGUGGACAGUUCAGAUGAUGAGGGCCUCCCAAGGACAACCGUGGGUUGGGGUGCGCAGGGAUAUACAGGCAAUAAUGCUAACAUUCUUCAAAAGACGGAGCUGUUCAAGUUUUCUGAGGAAGAAUGCUUCUCUAAGUUCCAUAUCACUCGACUGUUAAGGAACGGGAUCAACCAUACCACGCAAGUGUGUUACGGACACAGGAAGAGACCAAGAGACACCUGUCAGGGUGAUAGCGGUGGACCCCUGCUGAUCCGCAACAAUAUCCAGUGCCUCCACUCCAUCAUUGGAGUGACCUCGUUUGGUUACGCUUGUGGGCUACCCGGCCUGCCUGGAGUAUACACCAAAAUACUGCCAUACCUGCCCUGGAUAGAGAGUGUGGUUUGGUCUGAAGAGGAAUAAACAGUUGAUAGAUGAUAGAAAUAGAAAUAAUUUUUAUUCAAAUAAACUUAAUAUAAGCACUUUUGAA